AUGUGGAACACGCAAGAGAUGGUGGGGUGCUCCCGGAUUCCGGGUGUCCCACGAGUUAGUGGCAUGGAAACGAGUGACAAAACAGACACAGUGCAGACAAAGGGUGCAUCUCAUCCAACAUGCAUUCAUUCGUUCACGGGCAUCGUCUCGGGGUUAUACCUUCGAGGUCUUUUGGCCCUAAUAGUCGUACACACAUCCGAAGAGGAACUCGGCGUUCCUAUGCGGUGUAGGGGUACAUGCCGAUGGUCGUCGUGGAGCGAAGCAGGGGUGCAGGCGCGCGUGGAGAGGAGCCCGGCAGCGUUGCAGCAAGAGGACGGUGGCUUCGUCCUGCGGGCAUCCAUGCUGACGCAAGCAACCAGGUUGCAGCAAUGCGGUGCCGGAGCAUGGCGCAGGGCCCGUGGCCGCUGGAGGCGACGCCGGUCAUCGGACGACGAGGCAGGGCAAAGGAGCACAAGGAGGCGACCCCAUGGACUGGGCGAGGCGGCAGGGAACCGAUUCGGUCCGGCCGGAGUUGAGGCAGAGGAGCAGCGGAAGGAGACUCGGUCGGCGCGGCGGCAGGCUUGGGCUCGCCGGCCGGCAGGGCGCCAUGGUGAGGAGGCGGCGAUGCGAGGCGCUGCUCUUGGCGUGGAGUGGUCGGGAUCGAACUCCUCUCUCCCUAGAGCAGGGUCGCAGGCGCGGGAUGGAGGUGGACGCCCGACGGGGAUGGCGGCUUGGGCCUCCAUGGUGGUGCAACGCGAGGAAGGAGAAGCCGAGGCGACGAUGGUGCCAUGGGGACGAAGCAGGAGGGAAGAAGAGGGAGGUGCGGUGCUGCUCUCUCUCCCUCUCUAG